CAAUGUCUAUUAAACCUAACCUAAAAAUCUUGAAGUAAAACAUAUGUUUUGUGUUAAAUUUAUUAUUUUCUAUUACAAAAAUAAAGCAUGUUGUAUGAGGCAUUUAUGGCGGGUACAUGGGCAUCGAUUGGAAGUACCAUAGGAAAAUUAACAGGCACAACAAGUAUAGUUGGCGACGGCUACGUGAUAUGGGCACUACUCUUAAUCCUGAUGGUAUUGGUCAACACGUGGGGCUGCCGGUACUACCUGCACUCUCUCGACGCUGCCGACAACUCCGCAGCACCUACAGUCAUCUCCGCCGCCUCCAGCUACGUGCUAUCGGGUUUCAUCGGGAUAUGUUUCUUCGGAGAGCUAUCUUCUGUAAGAUGGUGGGCUGGCGCCCUGCUUAUCGUUAUGGGACUUGCGUUGGUCGCCCGCUCUACGCCUGAAGAAAGCAUAGAAAAGAAAGACGAAUAACAAUAUAGGUGAGUAUUUCACCAUC